AUGGCACCAAUCCCUAUAACAAUUGUGACCGGCUUCCUGGGCUCCGGCAAAACAACCAUCCUCCUCAACCUCAUCCCGCAACUCCCAAAAACGUACAAGCUCGCGCUCCUCAAAAACGAAUUCGGCGACGUAGCAGUCGACUCCCAACUCGCGUCCACGCAAUCCAUCAGCGGAGUCCGCGAACUCCUCAACGGCUGCAUCUGCUGCAACCUUGUCGGCCAACUCAGCGAUGCCCUGGACCAGCUACGCACCGAAGUGCAGCCCGACCGCAUCGUCAUCGAGACCAGCGGCAGCGCAUUCCCCGCAACGCUCGCGAUGGAGGUAAACCGGCUUGCGCGGGAACAGGGGCAUUUCGUCCUCGACGGCGUCAUCAGCGUGAUCGAUGUGGAGAAUUGGGAGGGGUAUGAGGAUACGUCGUACACGGCGAAGAUCCAGGCGAAGUAUACGGAUUUAAUCGUCUUCAAUAAAUGGGAGGAUCUGCCGGAGCGGUUUGAUAUUUGUCUUGAUCGGGUGGGUGAUUUGGAGGUUGAGACGCCCUGGGUGAAGUCGAAUAAGGGGAGGGUGGAUAUGGAUGUUUUGUUAGGGAUUGAUGGGGCUUUGUUUAAGUCUGAGGAGGCUUUGGAUGGUCAUGAUGGUCAACAGCAUGAUCAUCAGCAUGAUCAUCAGUCCGAGGUUGAGGUUCUUUCUGUUGUGUUGAAGUCUGCGGGGCAGGGGAAGACGGUGGAUGUUGCCGCUUUGGAGCGGUUGCUUGCGUCCGCGCCUCGUGAGGAGGUUUAUCGCAUUAAGGGCAUUGUGCGGUGCUCGAACGAGGAUCUUCCGGCUGAGAGCUCGGACAAUUUGGGUGAGAGAAAGAAGAUUGAGACGUCUGGAGUUCAGUAUUACAUUCUGAAUUGGGCGUUUGGACGCUGGACUUGUACGCCUUCUGAGGUGGUUGCGGAAUCUGCUGAUCCGGCGGUCAUUGCACGCAUUACGUUGAUCUUGGCCAGAUAUGAGUCGGCUAAGUGGAAGAAGAAGCUUGAGGCUGGAGGAUUGGUCCAGGCGAGUGAAGGGGACGGUGUGGAGUUGAGUGUGGAGCGCUUGGUCUAG